UGUGUAGACAGUCCGAAGUCACCAGAAGGAAGAAGAAAACCUGAAACAGAGAAAUCUGGCCAAGAGCUAAGACCUGUGUAAAUGAGACCUGCCCACUCUGCCUGGAACCAGACUUCCGGAAGCAGAGAUCAGAGCACAUGCGUGCAGUGCUGCACUCGGAAGGGAGAAGGAGGUGGCUCUGAGGGAGCAGGACAUCUCCUGUGAGCCCCCCAGCGCUCAGGUGAGGAUGGCGGAGCAGCAGGGCCGGCAGCUCGAGGCUGAGUGCCCUGUCUGCUGGAACCCCUUCAACAACACGUUCCACACCCCCAAAGUGCUGGACUGCUGCCACUCCUUCUGCGUGGAAUGCCUGGCCCACCUCAGCCUGGUGACUCCCGCCCGGCGCCACUUGCUGUGCCCACUCUGUCGCCAGCCCACUGUGCUGGCCUCGGGGCAGCCCGUCACUGACUUGCCCACAGACACUGCCAUGCUCACCCUGCUCCGCCUGGAGCCACACCACGUCAUCCUGGAAGGCCGUCAGCUCUGUCUCAAGGACCAGCCCAAGAGCCGCUACUUCCUGCGCCAGCCCCGGGUCUACACACUGGACCUGGGCCCUGAGCCUGGGAGCCAGGCUGGGCACCCCCAGGACACAGUCCCUGUCACUGUGCCUAUGCCCAUCCCUAUCUCCAGCCACUACUCUCUGAGGGAGUGUUUCCACAACCCCCAGUUCCGGAUCUUUGCCUACCUGAUGGCUGUAAUCCUCAGUGUCACUCUGUUGCUCAUCUUCUCCAUCUUCUGGACCAAGCAGUUCCUUUGGGGUGUGGGGUGAGCACUCUGCUCCCUGACAAGGAAACAAGCCUUUCUCAGUUGCUGCUGGGUUUGGGGACUGCAAAGCCUCAUUUGGUGUCGUCUUGCUUUGUCGUACUGUUCAUUCACAAUCCAGGGAUCGGUUGGGCCAUGUGUUUGCUUCUGGGACCA